ACAGGGAGGUGGAGGCCACCAGGGAACAAGACUCGUCUCCUCAACCCCAGGUUUAAAGCGUCAGCAGCAGAAGCGUUGUGUUUCAGUGUGGACUCUCUCUCUCUCUCACCCUCCCGCUCUCUGGCGUCACUCGACCUCCUCAUCUGACGAGGAAAAACGCUGUGAUUCCUCUCCCUCUGUCUGACUUUGCUCUAGAUCCCGGUGGCUCUCGCUUUCCUCUUCGUUCUCUCUCGGGUAAGAAACUUCAUAGAACAAAAUGGAGGCCAUCAAGAAGAAGAUGCAGAUGCUGAAGCUGGAUAAGGAGAACGCCAUCGACCGAGCAGAGCAGGCCGAGUCUGAUAAAAAAGCAGCAGAAGACAAGUGCAAACAGCUAGAAGAUGAGUUGCUUGCGCUGCAGAAGAAACUGAAAGGAACUGAAGAUGAACUGGACAAAUAUUCCGAAGCUCUCAAAGACGCUCAGGAGAAGCUGGAGCUGUCUGAGAAAAAGGCCUCAGACGCGGAAGGAGACGUGGCGGCUCUGAACCGCAGGAUCCAGCUGGUGGAGGAGGAACUGGACCGUGCUCAGGAGAGACUGGCCACUGCGCUUCAGAAACUAGAGGAGGCAGAGAAAGCGGCGGAUGAGAGCGAGAGAGGCAUAAAGGUGAUUGAGAAUCGUGCAAUGAAAGAUGAGGAGAAAAUGGAAAUUCAGGAAAUACAGCUCAAAGAAGCCAAACACAUCGCUGAGGACGCCGACCGCAAAUAUGAAGAGGUCGCACGUAAGCUGGUGAUUCUAGAGGGGGAACUGGAAAGAGCAGAAGAGAGAGCGGAGAUUGCAGAACUUAAAGGAGGAGAUCUGGAGGAAGAACUGAAAAAUGUAACCAACAACCUCAAGUCUUUAGAAGCUCAGUCAGACAAGUAUUCAGAGAAAGAGGACAAGUAUGAAGAGGAGAUCAAAGCUCUCACUGAUAAACUGAAAGAGGUUGAGACUCGUGCUGAGUUUGCAGAGCGGACGGUGGCCAAACUGGAAAAGACCAUCGACGACCUCGAGGAGGAUCUUGCUGACGCAAAACAGCAGAACCUGGAGAUGCAUCAAGUCCUGGAUCAGACACUUCAGGAACUCAACAGCUUGUGAGCAAAAGAGAAGAAAUGCAUGAACAACAUUCCAGAAUUUAAUUCAUCAGUCAUUCCAGCAGUGUUUUAUGUUUAGCUUAUCAUGUUUUUUUUUUUGUAUUUUGUAAGUUAUGUUAUUUCCAUGCAGUAUUUUCUUUAUUUUGGUUCAUAAUUUUCUGAUUAUUUCCUAAUGCACCUAUUAGUCCAUUAAGUAAUAAAUAUGUCUUCUUGUUUCCAUGUGUCUUUAAAUUUUGUCCCAUUUGUGUUUUGUUUUUGGACCUAAAAAAUGCAACCCAUUAUUGCAUGUAAGAAUGUUUCCUUUUUCAGUUUUUAAAUUUUUUUUUCGAUCUGUCUGCUGUGUAAGGUUAGUGCUGUUUUAUUUAUUUCUUUUGAAUGAACGUAAAGGCGGAAGGUAUACUUAAAACAGUAAAUCGCAACAACAAAGUGUCAGUGCGUAAACCAGCUAGUACAUCACAUUUCCGUAGUGAUGUUAGGGAAAUAUAUGCGAAUGUACCAAAAACGGUUUGUAUUGGAACAUACAGAUUUCUUGGACUAUUUUGGGCUUUAAGAAAUCUUUCUUAUUUGUCAUUUAUGGGACCAUUUUGUACCCUUGAUAUUGCAAGGGCUAUUUUCACUGUGGUUUGAUGUUUUUAUACCUGUUUAACUAAAUAAAUGUUUACUUAUUUGCA